GGUUACCUUCAACGUCGGCGACAUGGUGCUUCUUCGACUACAGCCCUACCGCCAGCGUUCAUUGGCACGCCCGGGAUCAUCCAAGCUGGCCAAACGCUACUAUGGUCUUUUUGAAGUCCUUGACCGGGUGGGUCCUUUCGCUUACCGGCUUCGACUCCCUGAGGCAUGCCGCAUCCACAAUGUUUUUCACGUCUCUCUCCUACGGCCGUACAUUCAGCGAGAGGGCAGGCCCAUCUUACCCACCUUACCACCGGAAUUUGUCAAAGGGACGCCCACUGUCUGUUCCGGUAACAGCAUGGGACCGUCGUACGGUGCUUGUCAACGGCACGCCGCGGGAAGAAUGGUUAGUCCAAUGGUCAGACAGCACGUCGGAAGAGGCUACUUGUGAACCGGACGACGACCUCACCAGUGCCUUUCCGGAGUUGCGCCUUGAGGACAAGGUCGCUGUUAAGCCGGGGGGAGUUGAUACUGGUGUGCAUGGGGAUGAACGGCACGAGUCGCAUGGCGACGACCCGAACAAAGAUGGGCCGGAUGAGAUACUGGAAGACAACCCGAACAAGGUUGGGGUUACUAGCAGACCGCGGCGUAAUGUUUGGCCGCCCCAACGUUACUGGGAUUAUAUUUAGUUCGUGGUUCUUUUAUUUAUUGUAACUUAGAUUUCCGUAGGUGAGUGUGUUAUAAGCUCCUUCGAGGGUUUCUUUUCGGUUAUUUACCUCGAUGCCUUUUUUGAACCAACAUGUUAGUUAAAUUAACAUUAGGGUUUGAG